AUGCACAGCACGCUGCUCCGGUCCUCCCCAACAAAACACACCUUCGUGUCCGAGCACCAUGGCCCGCUCCAGCCGCUUUCACUGAGAGACAUGGAAGCGAAACAGCACCCGAUAAAGAGCCUAAAAAGCUACCCAGAAACCGGCGGCCGGAGCCUGGCAGCGGCCGCCGGAGGAGACGGAGGAGGAGGCGGCGGCGGCGGUGGGUAUCGAGCCGGCUCGGCUGAGAUGGAAAUGGAGGCGAAGAUCCAGAAAGCCAUCGACUUCAAGGCGGAGGGUCAUCGCUGCUACAAGGAGAAGAAAUUUCGGGAAGCGAUAGGCAAGUACCACCGGGCGCUGCUGCAGCUCAAAGGGGUGCAUGUUGUCGACGGGACGACGGGCUCCGAGGUCAACCUGCUGAACCAAGCCGCGGCCAAGCUGACCGAGGAGCAGCGGAGAGCCGUGGAGAGCACCGAGAUUGAGUGCUACGACAGCCUGACAGCGUGUCUGUUGCAGUCCGAGCUGGUAAACUACGAGAGAGUGAAGGAGUACUGUCUGAAGGUGCUGAGCCACCAGAGAGACCACUUCAAGGCCAUGUACCGAGCCGGCAUCGCCUUCUAUCACCUGGGUGACUACGAAUGUGCCCUACGUUACCUGCGUGACGCCAAGAACCGCGAACCCACAGACACCAACGUGCUGCGGUACAUCCAGCUGACAGAGAUGAAGAUGAGCAAGAGUGGACAGCGGGAACGAGAGAGUGGCAAAGAGACCUAG